CCGUUUUUUGAGCAGUCAUGAUAAAAGUAGAUUCCAUAAUAAUGUUUGAUUCGACAUUUUGUAUUAAAAUACGCGGCUUGUGUACGCAUUUAAAAUUCUUAAGAUAAUACACUAAGACAUUAAUUGUGACUGUAAUCGCGUGCUAAUAAGUUGUAAAAGUUUAUUUCACUUUUUGGAGUAGAUUUCAUUUGGAUUGGUAAUGAAACAGUCCUUGAAAAAAAUCUGAUGUAAGUCGGCAGGCAUCGUCAAAGGAUAAGCCGAAUAUUAUUUCUUUUACUAGUAAAAGUAAUUUUGUACAACUAGUUGUACAAAAUUACUUUGAAUUGAUCUACAAGAAGACUAACGAAUAACUUUUCUUGUAAAAAAGAAUGUAGAUGCUGUUUUUUUUAUUCCACUUGACGGUCGAUUAAAAAGCGACCGUUUUCAGCCCUCACAAUGAAUUGGAUGCAAGCAGUUGCAAUGGGUGUGAUGUUAGCGGUGUCUUCGUCUACUAAACUGCCAUUUCCACCUGGAUUCAAGUUCGGAGCAGCCACUGCAGCUUAUCAGGUCGAAGGAGGCUGGAAUCUUGACGGAAAAUCUGAAAACAUAUGGGACCGCUUCGUGCAUGAACAUCCGGAGAGGAUAGAUGAUAGGAGCACUGGAGAUGUUGCUUGCGACUCCUACCACAAUUGGAGGAGAGACAUCGAGAUGGGCGCGGAGUUGGGCCUAGACUUUUACAGAAUCUCCCUAUCCUGGUCUCGCACACUCCCGUCUGGUUUCCCCAAUCACAUCAACCAGGCUGGCAUAGCGUACUACAGCAACCUGAUCGACGGACUCCUGGAAAAGGGGAUGGAGCCUCUCGUCACAAUAUACCAUUGGGAUCUGCCACAAUCUCUCCAAGAUCUUGGUGGCUGGGCAAAUCCCCUCAUAGUUGACUGGUUUGGGGACUACGCGAAGGUCGUGUUCGAUCACUUUGGAGACCGUGUCAAAUUAUGGCUGACCCUCAACGAACCAGUGAUCUUGUGCGAAGCUUUCUAUAAUGCUGAAGUAUUUCCACCUGCAUUCAUCAGCCCUGACCUUGGCGUCUACUUGUGCAGUAAGCACACAUUGCUUGCCCAUGCCAAAGCCUGGCGAAUUUACGAUGAGAUGCUGAAACCUCAGUAUCAUGGGAGGGUCUCGCUAUCCACCCACAUGGCAUGGUUUGACCCUCUUACUCCAGAAGACAAAAAUCUCGCGGAGUUAACCAGACAGAACUUUGCGGGACGAUAUGCUCAUGCAAUAUACUCUAAAAUUGGAGGCUGGCCACCAACCUUAGAAAAGGUUUUAGCAGAAGUCAGUUUGAAAAGAGGAUAUUCCAGGCCUCAGCUGCCACCGUUCACACAAGAAGAAAUUGAAUUCGUUAGAGGAACCUAUGACUUUUUCGCCAUGAACCACUACACCAGUCGGCUAAUACGGACGGCUAAAGAUGGAGAAAAAUUCAGGGCAUGGCCACUGGGUGACGUUGAAGAUCUUGAUGGGGUUAUCCAGAGGAAAGCAGAUUGGACGCAAGCUGGUACCUCUUGGUUCUUUGUAUAUCCUGAAGGUAUUCGUAAGAGUCUCGUCUGGCUGAAGAAGCAGUAUGGAGGCCUCGAAAUCAUGAUCACCGAAAAUGGGCUGGCGACAAAAUCAGGAUUGGAUGACCAGGAUAGAGUUCAGUAUUACAGAGACUAUUUGGAACAGGUUCUGCUAGCGAUAAACGAGGAUGGCGUAAACGUGACAGCAUAUACAGCCUGGUCUCUCAUGGAUAACUACGAGUGGAAUAAUGGAUACAUGGUAAAGUUCGGUCUAUACGAAGUGGACUUCACAGAUCCGGAGCGGAAGCGCACGCCGCGCGCGUCUACGCAUUACUACGCUAGCAUUAUAAGGACGCACUCUCUAGAUGUACCUACGACGAGGAUUCAACUUUAAUUUAUUUAAGGAAGAUUUCAUAAAAUACGUGUUACGAGCACGUUUCCGGCCUUUAUGCGAUUAGGGUUUCGGAUAUUUAAGGAUUGGGGAUAAGGGAAGGAUGGACCCUAACUCACACAGCGAAACACGACUAAAGUGUUGCUUCACGCCGAUUCUCUGUGAGCCCGUGGUAUCAACUUAAUUUUAUUUCAACAGAUUUUAAUGUUUGGCUUGUCUUUGAUGUAAUUCAUGUUAUAAGUUUAGUUAUAAUCAUUGUAAUUUUAUUCAUUAAUGUAAUUGGUUAUUGGUUGUCUUGAUAUUGUUAUUGCUUUGUUAGAUUUUUUGUACAAUUAUUGUUAAAGGAAUUACGCGUGUGGUGUUAUUACAUUCUCAUCAUCAGACCCCUAAUGACAGUCACUACCAAUCUUGGUGCAAAGUGCUCGCCAAGACCAAUUAUUCGAGCCCAAACACAAGGCAAUUACUCGAAAUAGUUAAGGAGAUCCCUCGACUGUCUUCCUGAAUAACUUCAGAAAAUAUAUGAAUCAUGCCGACUGUCCCUAUAAAAUUUGAAAGGUCCCCUCGAUUUUCCCGGGUUCCCAUCAUCAGAUAAUGACCUGGUGAAUAUGGG